GAAAAUUUAAAGAACAAGGAUAUUAUGAUUAUCUUCAAAAAUUUAUAACUACAUUGGAAAAGAUUAAAAGAUUUGUAGAUGAAUUUUCAAAUAUGAAAUCUAUUAAUAAAACAUUUAGAGCAACAGAGAUUAAAGAAAAGUUUGAAUCUCUAGCUGAAGAGUUUGAUAACUCUAUGAAACAUUUAAACUUUAGUAUGACAAUUGAUUUUGAAGAACAGCGAAAGUUGGAUACCGACGAAUUAAAAUCAAGUUUAAAUGAAAUAAAAAAGAUUUUGAAAAUUUCUGGGUUCAAUUCUGAAGUUAUUUCAGAGAUCAAUAUCAUGAAGUCUCGGGACACAUUCGUUUUUAAGCCGUUUCAAAUAGAACCAAAAGACUUAACUCCUUGUUCUUUGAGUCCAGAUGAAUUUUCUAGAAUAGGAAAUUCUUCUUAUUUGUGUAAAAGAAUGUAUAAAUUUGAAGAGAUGAUUGCGGGUUAUAGUCCUAAGAUUGCAAAUUUUGAUGUAGCGCGAAAACAAAAUGAAACAACUAAUGAAAUUCCUGAUCUUAAUAAAGUUGUACGUUGGAUGGCCCCUGAAAAAAUAAACGGUGAUCCUUAUACUACACGAUGUGAAAUUUUCAGCUUUGGAAUGUUACUUUGGGAACUCACUUAUGAAAAGGAACCAUAUCAUGGCAUUGAUACCUUUGAAGAUAUUAAAAAACUUGUUACAAAUGGUUACAGAGAAAAAAUUUCUUUUGCCCCUACACAGGAUCAAAAAAUAAAGGAAAUUCAACAAAAAUUUGAAGAUAUUAUGAAAUCAACUUGGCAUGAUAAUCCUAGACAUCGAAUUGGUGUUGGUGAAUUAUAUGUGCAUCUAGAAAACUUGGCUGAAAAAUAUGUUAAACCUGGUGACUUACCCAAAAUAUGUAAUAAUAACGAAAUAGAUUUCGAUGGAUCUAAAUUUUAUGAAAUUGAUGAAAUUGACAUGGAUUUCAUCAAUCAGACAACGUCUGAACUUAAAUUUAACCUUUGUGAUGUUGAAAUAAAAGUGCCCACUCCUCUUAACGAAGGACUAAAAAUUCAUCAAUCAAUAAAUAAAGAGG